AUGGAGCUUGCAGGCGCCAGUGAGACAAUCUAUCUAGUGACUGGUGCAAACAGGGGUAGAGGUUUGGUAGAGCAGCUCCUCCGUUGCGUAUCAACUACUGUUGUGGCAUGCGUCAGAUCUAUAGCGACAUCGCAGGCGUCCUUUCAAGGUCUUGCGCUGGGUACCAACUCACGACUUCUAGUCGUCCAGUUAGACUGUGCGAACCCAUCAGACCCCCAGCGAGCUGUCCAGGAGUUGCAGUCCGUUCACGGCAUCACCAAUAUCGACGUCGUCAUUGCCAAUGCCGGAAUCGCCAACGAUCACCAUCCGGCUUCCAGCACGCAACUAGAACAACUAGAAGAGCACAUGAUGGUUAACGCGUAUUCGAUUCUGCUCUUGUUCCAGGCCAUGAACUCUUUGCUUCAAAAAUCUAUCCGCGCGCCGAAAUUUGUGUACAUCGGCGCACGCCUUGGCGUGAUUUCAGACAUGGACCGAUUGGGAAGGGCACCAUUGGCCGCGUACUCGCUUUCGAAGCUCGCCGGAAACUGGCUGAUUCGCAAAUUGCAUUACGAAAACGAAUGGCUGAUCGCAUUCGUCGUGGAUCCCGGGUAUGUGCAAUCCGACAUGGGUAACCAUGCUGCCCGGCUACUGGGACGUGAACAGGCCGAGACAACUAUCCAUGAUAGUGCACGGGGUAUUUUAUCUCGGGUUGACGACGCGACAAGACAGUCAGGAUCGGGUCAAUUUGUGCUGUGGAAGGAUGGCUCGCCUGUCGCAUGGUAA